AUGGAGUCGCAACUGUUGGAAUUUACCUACGUGGAACAUCUUCACAACCCGAUUCUGGAGGGAAGAGGAGGUUCUCCCAAGUUCGCGGUGGAGGAGGGGCUGGCAUUACUUGCAGUAGAAGCUGAGGACCCCUUCGGGGCAAUAACAGACUCUCCCGUCCACAGGGAACAUCAGGCUGAGCCCUCAGGGUUUUUGUAUGAGGCUGUGUCACAGUGUAAUGUGUUCGGCGGAGGGACCCAUCUGACCGUCCUCGGUCAGCCCAAGGCCGCACCCUCGGUCGCUCUGUUCCCGCCCUCCACUGACGAGCUCAGCAACGACAAGGCCACGCUGGUGUGCCUCAUCAGUGACUUCUACCCCGGCGUCGUGACGGUGGCCUGGAAGAAAAAUGGCAGCCCCGUCACCCAGGGCGUGGAGACCACCAAGCCCUCCAAACAGAGCAACAACAAGUACGCGGCCAGCAGCUACCUGAGCGUGUCGCCCAGCACGUGGAAGUCAGCCAGCAGCUACAGCUGCCACGUCACGCACGAAGGCAGCACCGUGGAGAAGUCCGUGACCCCCCUCGGAGUGUUCCUAGGACCUGAGCCCCAUGUUCGGGGCCGCUCUCCCACAAGAUCCCCCCACUCCCCGGCUCCCCACCGUGGCCCUGGGACUCCUGCCCAGGGCUGCUGA